GCCUUAUCUCACUUCAGUCAGUCCACGGUAGGCGAGCGUGCUGCAGCCAUGCCGGACCCGCGCGACCUGGAGAAGUCCGAGGACAAAGAUCAGCUCGGCAGCGUCGCGAGCAAGGAGGUGCAAGGAGACGAGCCCGAUGACCUCGAUAUCUACGACCUGCACGUCAAGCGCGCCGGGCGCCUCGUCGUCGACCCCGAGGAGGCACGCGUCGAAUUCGGAGAUGCCUUCGCGAGCAGGCUGAAGACCACCGAGGACGGGAAGACGAUCCUGUGGCCGCAGCCGUACGACACGCCGGAGGACCCGCAGAACUGGAGUUCGCGGCGGAAGGCGCUGCAGCUGUUCAUCGUCACGCUCGCCGCCAUCGUGCCGGACUUUGACUCCGGGAUCGGCAUCGCGUCGCUGUUCGCGCUGGCAAAGGAGUACGAUACGACGACAGGGGUGAUCAACAACUUGACGUCGAACUGGAGCAUCUUCUUGUUAGGCCCCGGAGGUAUCUUUGCCGUCAUGGUGAUGCGCCGCUAUGGCCGACUGCCGGUGUUGUUCUGGUCUCAGCUCCUUGCGCUGGGUUUCUUGAUAGGAUGCACAUUCGCCCCAAACUUGGCGACUUUCGCGGGAAUGCGCUGUCUCACCGCUUUCUUCGGGACUGCUCCGCAGGUUACGGGCCUCUACGUCGUCACAGAUCUGUACCCCUUCCAUCUGCAAGCUAGGAUGCUCAACAUCUGGACCAUGGGCUUCAUCAUCUCGCCCUUUCUCUCCCCCUUCGCUUUCGGCUUUCUCGUCGCGCGCGCAUCGUGGCGCUGGGCAUACGGGAUCGGCGCGAUGUACUCGGCGGUUGUAGUGGUGUUGAUCCUGCUUUUCAUGGAGGAGACCCUCUACGAUCGCGGCCUCAAGCCCGUGCCCCCACGCCCCACCACUGGCCUGCGCUACCGCGUCGAGACGCUGCUUGGUAUCACGGGCGUGAAGAUGGCCAAGUACAGGGAUAGCUGGCUGGACGUCCUCUAUGCGCCAUUCAAUUUGGUGUGGCGGCCGCAUUUGCUGCCGUUGUUGGUCUUUGAGGGAGCCCUCUUUGGCUUCGGCAUCGGGAUCAACGUGACGAACGCGGUCUUCUUGGGCGAGCCUGCGCCGCUGGGCUUCGGCUUCGGCGAGUUUGGCAUCGCGGGGAUGUACGGGACGCCUAUCGUCGCCGUCAUCCUCGGCGAGCUUCUCGGCCGCUACCUCAACGACUGGAUCAUGCGCACCUCCAUCCGGCGCAACAACGGCGUCUUCGAGGCCGAGUCGCGCCUCUACGCCUGCUACAUCGCCACCGUGCUCUACGUCGGCGGCUUCGUCGUCCUAGGCGCGGCGCUCCAAGAGCACCUCAGCACGGGCGCCGUCGUCAUGGGCUGGGGCAUCGCGGAGCUGGGGAUCAUGGUGAAUACGGUGGCUGUGUACGCGUACGCGAACGACGCGUUCCCGAAGCAUCAGGGGGAGAUUAGCGCGCUGAUUAAUCAGGCGAGGACGCUGGGAGGCUUCGCGGUCCCGUAUUUCCAGGUCCCGUGGGCAGAGAAGCAUGGAGCACUGCAGACAUUCGGGUGCGAGGCGGCCAUUGUCGCGGGGCUCUUCUUGCUUGUUGUGCCGUUUACGCAAUGGAAGGGUCGAUCUUUGAGGGAACGUUUCUCACUGCACUGAAGAGAGUAUUGGUGUUAUAGGCAGUUUCAGGUUAUUGGGCUUGAACAUAAAUUCGUCCCGCUGUAGUAUAUACUUACGAUUGACAAGUCUUUCACGAAA